GUGAAAUUGGUAAGUUGGAGACAAGUGUUGUUGUUCUUCAACUUGUGAUUUGCUAGGCUAAUGGCGAUUCACAAUGUUGAUGAGUGCAAGAUUGAUCUUGCAAUGGAAAGAUCAGACAGCUCUGCUUCAAAGAUUUCUCAUGACAGGUGUAGAAUGACUAAGAAGAAAUUAGGACAACCCUUUGAGGAUUUUUGGGAUAUGGUUUGGAAAUUGGGUAAAGAUGACCCAAGGAGAGUUAUACAUGCAAUGAAAGUGGGUCUGGCAUUGUCCCUGGUGUCACUGUUUUAUUUGAUGGAGCCUCUGUUCAAUGGAGUUGGGGAUAAUGCCAUCUGGGCUAUCAUGACUGUUGUAGUAGUUUUUGAAUUUACAGCAGGUGCUACAUUGAGCAAGGGACUGAACAGAGGAUUAGGCACAGUGGUAGCAGGUUCUCUUGCAGUUUCGGUUGGUUAUCUUGCAGAAAAGGCUAGCAAAAUUGGAGAAGCCACUGUCAUCGGUUCUUCUUGUUUUGUUCUUGGCGCUGCAGCAACAUUCUUUCGUUUCUUCCCAAAAAUAAAAAAUAAGUAUGACUAUGGCGUUGUGAUUUUCCUUCUGACAUUCAACAUGAUAAUUGUGUCUGGAUACCGUGUUGAGAACAUAUUUGCCAUGGCUUACGAACGGCUUUCCACCAUAGCAAUUGGAUCCGCAGUCUCCAUGGUCAUAAGUCUAUUUAUAUGUCCCAUCUGGGCAGGGGAAGAUCUUCAUUAUUCCACCGUGAAAAGAAUUCAUGCUUUAGCAGAUUCCCUUGAAGGAUGCCUGAUGCAGUAUUUGGAUGGCUCACAGUAUGAUGGGAUCAGUGAGGGCAAAAUUGAAGAAGGAUACAAAGCAGUCUUAGAAUCUAAAGCCAGUGAAGAAUCCCUGGCCACUUUUGCCAGUUGGGAGCCUCCACAUGGCAAGUUUGGAUUCAGGCACCCAUGGAAACAAUAUGUGAAAGUAGGAGGCAUGGUUCGUCACAUGGCUUACUGCGUUGUUGCUCUACAUGGUUGCCUUCAUUCAAAAAAGCAGGCACCCAACAGUAAUCAACUGUCAUUCAAAAAUCCUUUUGCCCAUCAGGUGGGAAAGGACGUAGCAGAAAUUCUACAUGAGCUGGCUGAGAGCAUAAAAGACAUGAAGCAAUGCAGGCCAAGAGAAGCUUUGAUGGAGAGUUUGUAUGUUGCAGUUGAAGAAAUGCAUACAUCAUUCUGUUUCCUGCCCAGAAUAUGCUACCAAAUCCAAUCAUUAUAUAAUCCACAUCAAAGUCCUUUGGAAGGCACUAACAUCCAUGUGAAUCCCACCCACCAAUCCUCACAAACAAUGGAAGCUUCCCCUCAACAUCACAAGCUCAUACAAGGAUUGAAAGAUAAUGCCCAUGUGAACACUUCAAUUGAAACCAAUGGCAAAGAGGACUGCAAUUCAGAAUCAACUUAUGUGGAUAUGAAGGAACAAGGCCCCACUGUAAAUGGAGUAGAGGAGAAUCAUGUGAUGUUGGUUGUAGAUAAAUACAAAACAAGCUUCUCAGAGGCAGUUCCACUGGCCAUGUUUGCUUCACUUUUAAUAGAGAUAGUGGCUAGACUUGAACUUGUAAUAGAAUCUGUACAGGACCUGGGCAAACUUGGAGGAUUUAAAUCCUAGUUUAAUUGUGGCAAUAUAGGAGUCCAUCCUGCUUUACUUUAAAAAAGGAGGUGGACAACAUUAAUCUGGCUAUUGUAAGCUUCUAAAGGGAAAGUAUUCUCUGUACGAAAGUUCAUAGAAAUUCCACAGUUGUACGAACUGAUAUAGAUAUCUAUGUGACAAUAGCAAUAAAGGUUAUAUAAAUAGUACUUGAAAAAGUUGUAAUGGUC